AUGCCACCUAAAGAGUUGAGAUCUUUAAUUCAGCAGGUAGCUGACUCUUUACCAGAUACGAUCAUAUACGAUGGCGGUCACGCCAUAUACUCUGAAGAUCCGUUACCUGGUGUCACAACGGACCCCGUAGAAAGAGAGAUUGAGAUCAAGGAGCCGUUUGGUCGGGACCGCCUUCUUCUGAAGUACCGGAUUAUGGAAGUGCAGAAGGUAUCUAGUUCCGACAUCAGCCAUUUCAUAACGAAUCCGAAAGCGACCUCUAUGAACAUGCCUCAGGAAUGUAUCAGAUUGUUAGACUGCAUCUUGAAGACGGUGUCAAAGCAGUCGUUUGUAUCCCUUGGACGCUCAGCCCUAUUUCAGCAAACACCAAUUAAAGUGGUUAUGGAUAAGCUUUUUACUAUUCAUAAGGGUUUCAUCAGUAGUGUGCGACCCCAGUGGAAAGUUCGUGUCAACUUGGAUAUGACGUGCAAGGCCUACUUUGUAUCCGGGAAUCUAGCGGACGUCAUGUAUUCGAAGUAUGGAGACGAUAUGGUUAGAUGUAGCACUCAAAUGGCAUACGACUUGA